GUCAAUACAACAAAAUGUAGGGACCUCUGUUAUAUUUUUGAAAAUAGAAAGACCUUCGAGGAGUAAUUUUUUGUAUUAUAUUUAUAUCCCGCAUUCAGCCACGGAAUAAAACUAUAAACAGAGUUUCUGGGCUUUUCUUCCCUACAAACUUCAAACUGGAUUCCAUGGGAGAUGGAAACCGAGCUCAGAUAUAUCACGAGAGACAGAGAUUACAAUUCUGCCUCCUACACACCCUCAAUAAUCUCUUUCAGGACAAAGAUGCAUUUACCAGAGCUGAUCUGAACUCCAUUUCCGAAAGGCUGGGCCUUGAUGAUCCACACAAGGGCAAUUGGUCCCUAACCUCUGCCAUCUUCAAGCCUCACCACAAUGUGAUCACAGGAAAUUAUGACAUAAAUGUUUUAGUUGCAGCACUUGAAGGGAAAGGGAAGGGUGUGGUUUGGCACGGCCGGCGAGUUGGGGCUGGUGCAAUUGACCUCGACGGUGAAAUGAUGGGUAUUAUAGUAAAUUUACCAGUCCGAAGGUUUGCCGGCCUAUGGAGAAGCAGGCAUUGGGUUGCAUUGAGAAGGAUCGACGGAGUUUGGUACAAUUUGGACAGUGAUUUUUCUGCCCCUCGUGCCUUUAGGGACAUAGAAGAGGUUAGGGAGUAUUUGGAUGGCAUAAUUUCUUCUGGUGCAGAAAUUUUACUGGUUACUUGAUGAGUGUGUGAAUCUUUUGUGCUUAGGUUUUUGGAAAAUUGUGGUUUAUGAGAUGGGGAAUGUUUGGCUGUGUUGAAUGUGGUU